AUGAAUAAAACCUCCUGUCCUCCCGUCAGCUUCAGCUUUGAACACAAAUUUCUGCCUCCUGUCUACAUCCUUGUGUUCAUCAUCGGUCUGGUAGCUAAUGGAUGGGGAUUGAAGGCUUUACUGAAGAAAUGGAACAACCUAAAGAUUAUCAAUGUUUUUGUUCUCAACCUUGGACUUACAGACAUUUUGUACCUGCUCACACUCCCGUUUUUGGUGGUCUACUAUUGUAUGAGGAGUAAAUGGAUCUUUGGAGAUGCGUUGUGCAAGAUAACAAGAUUCUGCUUCAACCUGAAUUUAUAUGGCAGCAUUGGGUUCCUCACCUGUAUAAGCGUGUACAGAUACCUGGCCAUCGUUCAUCCAGUGAGGGUCAUGGGAAGAAUAACUGUCACCCAUUCUGUGGCUAUCUCAGUCAUGGUUUGGCUCUUGGUGAGCGUUCAAAGUCUUCCGGAUGUGUUCUUCCCCAAAACACAUCCAAACUUCACUGGGAAAUGUUACGAUACCACAAACAAGAGAAAUGUUGGGGAUUACCUGGAAUACAGCCUCGGAUGGACGUUCACUGGAUUUUGUAUCCCAUUCCUCAUCACACUGGGCUGCUAUGGACACAUGGCUGUGGUUUUAUUGACAAUGAAGAGAACUGACAAGGUACUGAAACAGAGAAGUUUGAGGUUGUUGUUCAUCGUGAUUCUUCUCUUCUCCGUCUGUUACAUCCCACAUCACGUGUUCAAGAACCUCAACCUCUGGGGAAGAAUUCUGUCUAAACAGAAGGACUGUCGUGGAUGGUUUAAUGGAGUCUACAUUGCUUGUCAGAUAAGUCGUGGCCUUGUGUGUCUGAACAGCGCUCUCAACCCUCUGGUUUACCUCCAUGGAAAUGAAAACAUUGUGGCUCAGCUCAGGCAGAUGCUCCAACAAGUUCGUCAGAUGUUCAACCGUAUGUUUCUGUCAAACUCCGGCAGUGUGUCCGUGGCAGAAACUACAGAUGAAGUUGGAAACAACUAAAGAUGUUGGUAAUUCUGU